CAGAUGGCAAUGAUGACACCACGGUGCUCUGAAAAAGAUUUGAGCGGGAGUUCUGCAGCGCCUAUAAAAUGAGGUGCGGGGAGUCGAUGUAGGUCAUGACUCAUGACUGCCAUGGCGCCAUUUAGCAGCAGCAUCAGCAAUCGACGCCAAAACCUGCGGAAUGCGGCGGUUGCAGUUCUCGCUCCGCUGCCGUCCGUUUUGUUCUACCUAUCGUUCCUACGCAAUUACUCGGAAGAUUCUGCUUCGCCUCUCUGGAAUUGGUGCGGUCGGCACCCUUUCCUGUUGGCGAACGUUCUGUUCUUCUUCAAUGUCAAUGUUCUAUUCUGGAUAGUAGCUCUCAUCCAGUCCAGCCACUGGAUGAUCGGUUUGUAUUGGAUGAUGAUACCUGUGAUGCUGGUUCAUAGCUUCGCAAGUCACCCGUUGGCGGAGUUCAACGCUUGGAGAUCGAGGUUGGUGAUUAUUUUGACGUGGAUUUGGAGCGUUCGACUCGGUCACAGCUAUUUCCGCCGGGAAAAAUGGCAGUGGGGAGCGCAGGAAGACUGGAGAUUCAGCGACAUGCGGCGGCAGUACGGCAGCAAUUGGUGGUGGAUUUCCUUCUUCGCUAUCUACCUUUCUCAGCAGGCAUUUCUCAUGGGAAUAUGCUCACCUCUCUAUGCUGUCCACUCAGAAGAUAAGCAAUUGAAUAGAUGGGAUUUAGUUGCUGCCAUGGUGUGCUUGACUGGUAUUAGUAUUGCCUAUUUUGCUGACACACAGCUUCACAAUUAUGUGACUAGAACUGAAAAGAUGAAACAUCUUGGUCAAGCGUCUGCGCCGAUUCUUGAUGAAGGCUUAUGGCGCCACUCACGGCAUCCAAACUAUUUUGGCGAGCAGCUAUGGUGGUGGGGAUUGGCGAUGUUUGCUUGGAACUUGGAUUGUGGGUGGAUGUCUAUUGGGGCGUUAGUGAACACUUUAUGCUUGUCUUAUGUUACGGUACUUGUGGAGGAACGGAUGUUGAAGAAGGAGAACAGGGCGGAGGCAUACAAGAAGUACCAGCGUACAACUUCCAUGUGUGUACCUUGGUUCAAGUCAUCUUUGGUGGAAAAAGAAAAGAAAACAUGACCAAGAUAUCGGUAUAGAUUGGCCUCUGUAAGUGAUUGUUCAUCAUUGCUCUACUUUCUUUUGUGCAACGACAGUUUGAUUGCUUUGUUUUCUGGUAAUGGAAUUGGACAAAAUGAUUGUGAGA